GAAUUCCAGCAGAUGGGCGGUAAGAGUGUAGGAGUGCCUCACACCCCAAUCCUCGAACAACUUCACACUUUCUUGGCUGCAGUUUCUCAGGCCUAGUUUCUAAGGCAUCUUCGCAAUGCCAUCAAAUCUCCUUACACCUUUUCUGGAGUUGGAUGAGGAAUUUUGCAAGACUUUUCAGAGUCUAGAAGUGCAGGAUGGGCCGCGGCGCGCCGUCGGGUUCCAGCGCAGACAUUCCCUGUGCCCUGUCACGCUUCCCAACUCCAAAUUCAACAUUGGUGGAGGAGUCAUAGACCCUACAGACGACUUCUGGUCCCUCACAAGCAUUAGCAACCAGCCAUGGAUCCGGGAGCAGCUUCCGCGCUCGGCCCUACAGCGCAUCCCGUUCCGGGCUGACCGCUCCGUGAGUAUGAUCGAAGGACACGUGAGUGGCGAGUCCACUCUACCCCCUCCUCCAGGCCUGAGUGUCUCCCCGCCGGGCCUGAGCGUCUCCCCGCCCUCCCCAAGAGCGACGCCGGUGCCUGCCGUGUCUGCGCGCUACAAAACCGAGCUCUGCCGCACCUACGAGGAGAGCGGAGCGUGCAAGUACGGUGCCAAGUGCCAGUUUGCGCACGGCGCAGAUGAGCUGCGCGGCCUGAGCAGGCACCCCAAGUACAAAACCGAGCCGUGUCGUACCUUCCACACCGUGGGCUUUUGUCCGUACGGCGCGCGCUGUCACUUCAUCCACAACGCCGACGAGCAGCAGCAACAGCGGCAGGCCACGAGUACCACCAGAGAGCGCCCGCGCCUGUUGCGCCAGAGCGUCAGCUUCGCCGGCUUUUCUUCCCGAGCCACCGUGGCCGCUUUCCAGGCCCUGCCAGACCCCCUCGCGUUCACCAGAGCGGCUUCCGUGUCUCCUCCACCGUCAUCUUCCUUUUCGUGCAGCUCUGACCUCCCGUCUCCACCGCUGCUGCCAGAGCACGGAGCCUUGAAGCACGGCUUCGGGUUCACAGCAGAUAUCGCGCUCAGCGACCGGAUCGCGGCUCUGCAGCGCAGCGCGUCCGCGGACUCGCUCUCUGAUCACGACGGCUACUCGAGCUCCGGGAGCCUAAGCGGCUGCGACUCGCCUGGUGUAGAAGGAUGCAGGCGUCUACCCAUCUUCAGCCGCCUGUCUGUCUCAGACGAUUAAUCUGUGCAUAUUGCAUAUUGGCUUUGAUUUGUUAUAGAUUUUUUUAAAACGUCUUUAUCUGAUACAUCAAAAGUUUACACAGAAAAUUCCAUAGUUUUGAAUUAACACCCAUAGCUUUGACAACUGCACAUUAAUUCGAGGAAAAAAACUGGAAUUCACUAGUACGUCCUAGAAUAUACUAGUGUGCAUUUGUGACCACGUGACCUGAUCUGAACCCUAUAGGUGUUACUCUAACACUGUGGCUUUUUGCUGUGUGCCAAUGUAUACUGUUGUAUACCAGUUGAAACUGUACUGGGUAUUUCACUCAAGAUUCACACACUUUUGGGUCUCCUAGAUGCAAGGAAAGGUUCUGAGAACCUUUCUGUACCCAUUAUGUUUGGAAAGUGUAAAAAAUUAAGCAAUAGUACAGAUGAGCAUGUUCUACUCCAUGCACAAAUCUGUGGUUUAACCAAAGCUGAGCAACUUUAGUCUAUAUUUAGCUGUAGGCCGACCCCUAACCUUGAACCCAGACAUGUACUGUAAACAAAGUGUAGCCUUUAGUGAAGGCAUUUUAUAAAUUGAUAGAUUUACUAAGUAGUUUGAACUAGCUUCUUGUGUAAGAUUCUAUUUAUUGCCCGUUUUAUUCUUUUGUGAUUGCAUUUUGAUAUCAUUUUUAUGCAUUUUUACACAGUGAACACAUCUCUUGACUUUGCUUUGUUUGAGCUAUUUCCCAGCUUUAAGUAAGACCAGCAGUACAGACUCUGAAUGUAGAAAUCUCAGGAUCAUAAGUGAUAAAACUCCACCACUUUCUAUUACGCUUCUCUUACGCUCACUAAGAUCAGUAUUUGGGCUCAAUCAUUACAAACAAGUGUGAGUGUGCAUUUGCAUGUGUGUGUAUGUGUGUGUGUGUAAGUGGCCGUGUGACAAUGUAUCAGGAAAAAGUGCUACACCAUCUUAGUCUCUUGCACUGUCAAUCUGUAUUAUAGAGACAAAAGAUGUAAUGUUUGUUGCAAUGUAUACAUAUAGGAGAAAAGUGCAUUUUCUGACUUUGAAUAAAAGCUUACAAUGUAGUAGAUCCUUUUUAAAAAAAAAAAAAAAGAAAAAAAAAACUGCAAGUUCCUCUCUUAGCUGCCUGUGUAAGCUAUUGCCUUUUGUUAACUUAAACUUAUUUAUUUUUUUCUUUAUUCAGUACAAGAAAAAGACAGUAUAAUGUGCUAUGAUUUUGUAUUGUGUUGUUUCAUAUAUAAUUUAAAUGGACUGUUUACAUUCCUUGGGGUUGUGAUGCCCACUUUAUAAUAUAUUGUUGAUUGUUUUAAAAUAAACUUUCAGAAACUUUA